UAGCCUUGACUUUUAAAAAAGAGGUGGAAAUAAUCUGAAGGCACCUAUGUAAUUUGCAGCCUCUGGCAAAUUUUUCUCUGGAAAAACAUUACUUGUUACUUCUUGAAAAAUACUUCUUGUUGUUUAUAUGUAACAUAAUGUUCUCCCAACAAUUCUAGGACUUUGGAUUGACCUGGAAAUAUUGUACAACGGAUCUUUUCUGAUGACCCUUGAGACAAAGAUGAAUUUGACCAAACUCGGGAAAGAACCUCUAGGUGAAGCAUUAAAAUCUGGAGAAAUUGGUAAAGAAGGUUUCAGGCCAAGAGCAUAUUACCUUGCAGACAGUGAUGAAGAAUCUUCUAGUGCAGGAUCCUCAGAGGAAGAUGAUGUUCCAGAAGCAUCAGGAAGCGAAAAGGCUUUAGUGGCAGGAGCAGAAGGGUAUGGAGCAGUGUCCCGAACAAGUAAAAUAAUGAGAUUUGUGGAUAAAAUUACCAAGUCAAAAUAUUUCCAGAAGGCGACCGAGACAGAAUUCAUUAAGAAAAAGAUUGAGGAAGUCUCCAAUACACCGCUCCUGCUCACCGUUGAGGUUCAAGAGUGCAAAGGGAUGUUAGCAAUUAACAUUCCGCCCCCACCUACUGAUCGUAUAUGAAAGUUUUUGUCAUGCCAAACAUGGACGACCUUUAUAUUCCUCUAAUGCACUCAGUCACGGACCCCCGCUCAUCUAUGUGCCCUUUGAAAGAUUCUGAAGAUACCGAAUUGGAGCAGCCAUGAAAUGUGAAGACUGCAGUUUACAGUAUUAACAGAUGUUGUUUUCAUGUUCUCUUUCAAAUGAAACAAGUCUAGAUGAUUUUUGUCCUUGUGCCAUGUUUUAUUUUUUUAAAGAUAAGAUCGCUUCUGCCAAUAAUUGCUCCAGUUAUGGCUCUCUAUUGACUUUAGAGCAUUAGUUCCAUUUCUGCUAGGCUUUAAAACCUAGUAGUUAAUAUGCACUCUUCUGCAGUAAACUAGGAAGAAAAUCCAACUAGCAGCAAUUGAUCGAACAGAUUUGAUCCACAUGGGAGUACUUUAUGGAUGUGCAGUAAUUCAGGAUACACCUUGAACACUGACAGUGUGUGUCUCAUCCAGCCAUAUGGAACUUGUUUUCAAUAAGGCAUGAACAUGUCUAACUGGAAGACUUCUCCUCUCAAGCAGCUGGAGAUAUAAAUGGAAGUGGCAUGUUCUUCACUCCUGCAGUCCCAAUAGCUUGUGUCAAGCAAAUUUGAAAGUUUUUGGAGCUAAGAAUGUACAUUGGAUGUAUAGGUGAUAUUGUCAAUCCAUAUAGAUUAUGCAUAGUAACUUAUUUUUUUCAUAUGAAAUUGAGUUUCUUGGAAACAAGUAG